AUCCCAGGCAGAAACAGAAAUAUUACAGUGGGAAUAAAACACCCUUCUCCUUCUCUAAAGGCAUCAAGUGGAGAGUGACUGAGCAGAGCCAUGGCCACACACCUCAGAAGGGCUGGCAAGAAGUGCACAGUGAUUGGGGGGUCAGGAUUCUUGGGCCAGCACAUGGUGGAGCAGCUCCUGGAGAAGGGUUAUGUGGUCAAUGUGUUUGACCUCCAGAAGAGGUUUGACAAUGACCAAGUGCAGUUCUUCCUGGGAGACCUCUGUGACAAAGAGGCCUUGCUCCCAGCUCUGCAGGGGGUGUCUGUGGCUUUUCACUGUGCAUCCCCAGCACCUGCCAGUGACAACAGGGAACUCUUCUACAGGGUGAACUUUCUGGGGACCAAAGCAGUCAUUGAAGCCUGCAGAGAAGCUGGGGUGCAGAAGCUGGUGUUAACUAGCAGUGCCAGUGUGGUUUUUGAGGGCACAGACAUAAAAAAUGGAUCAGAAGAUCUCCCCUAUGCAAAAAAACCCAUUGACUAUUACACAGAGACCAAGAUCCUCCAGGAGAAGGAAGUGCUCAGUGCCAAUGACCCAGACAACAACUUUUUCACAACUGCUCUUCGUCCCCAUGGAAUAUUUGGUCCCAGAGACCCUCAGCUGGUUCCCAUCCUCAUCCAGGCAGCUAAGAGUGGCAAAAUGAAGUUCAUCAUUGGGGAUGGAAAGAACUUGGUAGAUUUUACUUAUGUGGAAAACGUGGUCCAUGGGCACAUCCUGGCUGCUGAAAAGCUUCAGAAAGACUCUCCCCUCUGUGGGAAGGCAUUUCACAUCACAAAUGAUGAACCAAUUCCUUUCUGGGCUUUCCUGUCCCGAAUCUUGACUGGCUUGAACUACGACCCCCCCAAGUAUCACAUUCCCUACUGGCUGGCUUAUUACCUGGCCCUCUUCCUGUCCCUGGUGCUCUGGCUCCUGAGUCCCCUGGUCACCAUCAAGGCCACUUUCACCCCCAUGAGGGUGGCAUUAGCUGGGACAUUUCACUACUAUAGCUGUGAAGAGGCCAAGAAGGCCAUGGGCUACAGACCAGUGGUCACCUUGGAUCAGGCAAUAGCCAGGACCCUGCAGAGCUACCCCCACCUCCGCAGGGCUCAGCCCUGACAGGCCCUCAAUGGACUUUUUCUUGCUCCAUUUCCAUCAUUUCUGUGAUGUCUGCAGAUGAACACUGAACAAACCCACUGACUCUCAAGAACAGGGAGUUUCCCCCUCCCCCCUGCCCCUCCAAGUCCCUCCUCACCAUUAUCAAGAUGGCUUGAGAAAAACUCCUCUAGACCAACACUUCCUUUCUUUGCUGUGACUUCUGGUUGUGAAAGAGCUGCUGAACCCUCUG